AUGGAAUCUUCUUUAGACACAGAUGGGAUUAUGCUGCCACAAGAUAUUGAGAAUUUAUUCUUUAGAGCCAGUGGCUUGAGGGGUUGCUUAUUAGAUGAAUGUCCAAUUCCGAAUUCUGUUAGAGAAUGCGAAAUAUGUGAGGAGGAUAAAAUAGAGUGCAUUAUGAGGUUAGAGGAAGCAUUUAGUUGGGUUCCAUUCCAAAGCCUUGAAACGUUGUCACUGAGAGCAUUGCCAAAUUUAAUUGGUCUCUUCAAGUGGGAAGCAGUUGUACCUCUUCCACCUGGCACAUUUUCCUGUCUCAGAGAGUUGUGUAUUGAAGUUUGUGGUAAAAUCAAGAAGCUUUUCCCUCAGAGUUUGGUACAUAAUUUCCAUAACCUCCAAUCGUUGUUUGUCAGUAAAUGUGUACAAAUGGAGGAGAUAAUAGAAGAUGACAACAAUGAAGGAGCUGAUAUCACAUUGCCAAUGUUAAAAGAAUUGUAUCUGUAUAAACUGCCACAACUAAAGAGCAUCUGCAAAGGAAAGAUGAUUUGUGAUAACAUUGAGGACAUUCAUUUGGACCGCAUUAAAAAUAUAAAGAAAUUGCCUUUAUAUUUACCGUUUCUCAAUGGACAACUAUCUCCUCCCCUACGUCUUAGAACAAUCGAGAUAGACGAAAGAGAUAAAGAAUGGUGA